GCUCUCCAGCAACAGCAGCAACAACAACAACAUCUGGCAUCAAUCCAGCAGCAGCAGAGGCUGCUUGAACUGCUUACACAGCAGCAACUCACCGGUAAUCCAGCAUCCGCGCCGAAUGGUACCAUUGCAAGUGACUGUAAGAUAGGCGGCGUCUCAGCUACAUCAGCGAAUAAUCUUAUCCAGUUGACUGGGCAGAAUACAUCCCCUAAUAUGGAUCCACUACAACAGGCGUAUGCUGGGCUCCAGCAGUUCACUGGUUAG